AUGAAGCCUAAUCGGUGGGGAAAUAUGUUUCCUCUACCCAGCUCGUCUCUUCUUUUCCAUUUUAUUUUCCUCCUCUUCUUCCUCUUCUUUCUCUGUAUCCCUUCACCCCAUGCCCAGUUCCUUCCAGAGCUGAGGACAGGACAGAGCCCGCUGCUCUUCACCCAGCCUGCCUAUAAUGCUUCAAUCUUCGAGAACUCUGCCGCAAGAACCUAUACCAGAAGCGAGGUCAAAAUGGGCAUCAUUCUCGGGCCACCUCGCACUUUAGACAUAAAAUAUUUCAUUGUGUCUGGAGACAGUGAUGGCAUCUUCCAGGCUGAGGAGUUUGUAAUGGGAGAUUUUUGUUUCCUGCGCAUAUGUACAAAUGGUGCCAUUUUGAACCGAGAAGUACAGGACAAUUACACUCUGACAGUAAAAGCUUCUGCCCAAGGAGGCCUACAGACCACAACAACUGUUUACAUCAAGGUCUUGGAUACAAAUGACCUCCGACCUCUCUUUUCCCCAACUUCCUAUUCAUUUGUUGUUCCUGAGAGUGCCCCUCUGGGCACCAGCAUAGGACGUGUAACAGCUACUGAUGCUGAUGUGGGGUCCAAUGGAGAGUUCUACUACUUCUUCAAGAACAGAACAGAUCUCUUCGCUGUCCAUCCAACCAGCGGGUUCAUCACCCUAACGGGUCGACCAAGGAUGGACAAGCAAUCCCGAUUUGAGCUGGAGGUGCAGGUUGUCGACAGAGGGAUGAAACUCUAUGGUAACAAUGGUGUCAGCAGCACUGCAAGGCUGGUCCUAACCGUGGAGCGGGUUAAUGAAUUUGCUCCUGUUCUCAGUGCAGUCGCUGUUCUUCCAUCGCGACAGGACAAGGACCCAGUGUUUGUGAUAUUGACUGUGGAAGACAGAGACGAUGGUGUAUCUGGGGAUAUAGAGUGGGUGUCCAUCAUUGAGGGGGACUCCUCUGAACAGUUUGUGGUUGAUCGAUCACCUAUUGGGAAUGAGUAUAGGGUUAAAACACCUGAACAGAUCAACUGGGAUACAUUUCCCUAUGGGUGCAACUUAACCUUCCAAGCUAAAGACAGAGGUAUACCUCCAAAGUUCUCUAACACUCAAGUUGUUCAGUUGUUGGUUACAAGGCCAGACCCAGUGUUGUCGAAUUUUGAGAAAGAUGUUUAUGUAGUUCAGCUGAGUGAAAUCGCUCCCCCAGGCACUAUUGUAGAGGUUGUGAAAAUCUCUCCAGCUCCUCUGAGUGUCAAUUACAGCUUCAGCAGCUUCUCAUAUCCAAUGUACUUUGAUAUAAACCCUUUGACUGGUGUUAUUAUGACCACAAGGCAGAUGACAAGGAUAUCACAGGAUUUCAUGGCCAUGGAGGUAGUUGAUACUAUCAGUCAGAAGCAGACAUGGGUCCAUAUUACCAUAACAGAUGCUAAUGACAACUCUCCAGUCUUCAACAGGCCCUUCUAUGAAAUUGCUGUCAACGAGAGCUUACCUGUAGGUUCUCUUGUCCUUAUAGUGUCUGCUGUGGAUGAUGAUAAAGGAGAGAAUGGGUAUGUAACUCACACAAUCAGUGGUGAUCAGUCUCUUCCAUUUUCCAUAGACCAGGACACAGGGGAAGUGAGGAUCACAAGCGACCUGGACUUUGAGUCGUCUGAUGAUAUCUAUACUUUUGCAGUGCGUGCGUCUGACUGGGGUUCACCGUACCGAAGGGAGACUGAGGUUAAUAUCACCAUUCGUGUGGUAAAUAUCAAUGACAACCAGCCUCUUUUUGAGAAGGUUUCUUGCAGAGGGAUGAUAAGCCGUGAUUUCCCUAUCAGCCAGACUAUUGUCACGUUGUCAGCUAUAGACAUGGAUGAGCUAGGAAUGGUGAAUUACAAGAUACUGUCUGGAAAUGAAUUAGAUUACUUUGACUUAAACCCAGACUCUGGCGCUUUGUCACUGAAAAGAUCAUUGGCAGUAGAUAGUUUAAAAAGUGGGAUAUUCAACCUGAAAAUAGUUGCAACAGAUGGUGAGAUGUUCUCUGAGCCUACAUUUGUGAAUGUAUCAGUGGUUAGAGGUAGGAUGCCACCCAGAGGGUUCACAUGCAAGGAGACCAGGGUAGCCCAACUGCUAGCAGAAAAAAUGGUCUCAAAAGCGUCUGCUAUGGCACGACCAAGAGCAAAUGACAGAUACACAGACCUUUUCUCCAUGAACCAACAAGCCCCACAGUUUGAGGCCUUACCAACAAGUAUCCUACUGAGGGAAGACCUCCUUGCUGGUGCCAGUGUGUUUCAGGUGCGAGCAAGAGAUGGUGAUACAGGUUUCAAUGGCCGUGUUCUAUUUUCCAUUUCUGAUGGUAACAAAGAAAACUGCUUCAAUAUCAACAUGGAGAGCGGGAUGAUAACUGUGCUGCAGCCACUUGAUCGUGAGAGAGUGGACCGUUACUUUCUUAAUAUCACCCUUUAUGACCAGGGGGUUCCUCAGAUGUCCAACUGGAGACUACUGACUGUGAUCAUUGAGGAUGCAAAUGACAAUGAUCCCCAGUUUUAUCAGGACAGUUACUCUGCCCUUGUUUCAGAGGACUCAGCCAUUGGCAUGGAAGUUAUUACCAUCACUGCAUUUGACAAAGACAUGGGCCAAAACGGACAGCUCUCUUAUAUAAUGCUGACCAGUGUCCCUCAGUUUGGGAUUGACAGUGAAACUGGAAGCGUAUUUGUUGCUAGUCAGUUGGACAGAGAAACAUUCCCAAUGUUCACAUUAAAAAUUGAAGUGAGAGACAAGGCUGAAAGAGGCACUCGGAGGUCAUCUGUGACAACUCUAACUAUAAUAGUGAAGGAUGUCAAUGAUUGCUCUCCAGUUUUCAUCCCUAGCACCUACAGUGCUAGAGUACCAGAGGACCUCCCACCAGGAGCUGUGAUUACGUGGGUGCAGGCUCAGGAUCCAGAUAUCGGACUUGGUGGACAAGUCCGGUUCUCCCUGAUUAAUGACUUCAAUGGCACCUUUGAGAUCGAUGCUGUGAGUGGGGCAUUGAGGAUUAGGAAGGAGUUGGACUUUGAGAAACAGCAGUUUUUCAACUUGACGUUACUUGCCGAAGACAGAGGGGUGCCCAGCCUUUAUAGCCAAACGUUUGUGGAGGUAGAGGUGGUGGAUGUCAACGAGAAUUUGUAUGCACCCUACUUCCCCGACUUUGCUGUGAGAGGCUCAGUAAAGGAGAACUCCCGUGCGGGAACGAGUGUCCUAACAGUCGCUGCUAAGGAUGAUGACAGGGGGCGAGAUGGCGUUUUGAGAUACUCUGUCCGAGGAGGCAGCGGACUGGGCACUUUCACCAUUGACGAAGACACAGGGGUCAUUUACACUGCUGGCAUCCUGGACUGUGAGACUAAAGACUCCUACUGGCUUACUGUGUAUGCCACUGACAAAGGAGUUACGCCUCUGUCAGCUUCUGUUGAAGUCUUCAUUCAGGUAGAAGAUGUCAAUGAUAAUGCUCCACUCACCUCGGAUCCAAUCUACCACCCGGUCGUCAUGGAAAACUCCCCAAAGGAUGUGUCAGUCAUCCGUAUUCAGGCACAGGACCCUGACCUUACUGCCACUCCCAGUCGUCUGAGUUAUCGCAUUACUGCCGGCAACCCGCAGAAUUUCUUUUCUAUCAACCCCAAAACAGGUCUGAUCACAACGACUGCGAGGAAACUGGAUCGAGAACAACAAGCCGAGCACCUUCUGGAGGUGACGGUAAUAGAUGGCCCAGUGACCACCCGCCAGUCUACUGUGUGGGUCACGGUUCACAUCGAUGACGAGAACGACAACCCGCCCACUUUCCCUGAGGUCAUGUACCGCAUCAGCUUGCCUGAACGAGACCGGAACAAACGCGGUGAACCCAUCUACCGCGUCUUUGCUUACGACCGUGACUUUGGAGCCAAUGGCAACAUCACAUACAGCAUUAUUGAUGGUAAUGAGGAUGAAAAGUUCAGUAUUGACCCCAGGACUGGCUUGGUGUCAUCAAAGAAGAUGGUGACAGCCGGCAGCUAUAACAUGCUCACGAUAAAAGCCGAAGAUGGCGGUGAUCCCCCGUUAUGGUCCACUGUCAAGCUCCAUGUCGAGUGGAUUCGCAAACCCAUCCCCUCGCCGCUGCCCCUGCUUUUCACCCAGAGGUAUUACAACUUCUCUGUUCUGGAGACAGCCGCCGUGGCACAGCCAGUGGGAGUGGUGGCUGUCAGCCAGUCGAGCACACCUGUCUGGUUCAAUAUCAUCGGUGGACGACUGGCCCGAGAAAUGUUCUACAUUCCGCAGAAUGCGUGUGGAAGAAAUUGCUCACUUGACACAGGGAGCUUUGACAUGCAGUUUGACCUUCAAGUUGGAGUGGGAACUCUAGUUGUGGCCAAGCCCCUGGAUGCAGAGGUGCAGUCUGUGUACAACAUGACAAUACAAGUGACAGAUGGGACCAACUUUGCCACAACUCAGGUGUUUAUCCGAAUACAAGACAGCAACGACAACCCUCCAGUUUUCUCACAGCCAGCAUAUGAUAUCAGUGUGUCAGAGGACGUACCCGUUGACAUGGAGCUGCUGCGGGUCAGAGCGUCAGACGUGGAUGAGCGCGCUCGUCUGAGCUUCUCCAUCUAUGGCAGCGUGGACCCGGCCAGCAUGAGGCUGUUCAGGGUCAAUCCCGGUACGGGAGUGGUGUACACUGCAGACAGACUAGACUACGAGGCCAGGACACAGCACAUCCUCACUAUUAUGGUCAAGGAUCAGGAGUUUCCAUUUAACCGUGACCUGGCUCGUAUCCUGGUAGCAGUCGAGGACUCCAAUGAUAACAUCCCCUACUUCACCAGUGCCGUGUACGAAGCUGUGGCAUAUGAGAUUUCUCCUGUGGGCACCUCUGUGCUGCAGGUGACGGCCCUUGACAAAGACAAUGGGAUUAAUGGGAAACUCACCUAUACUAUAGAAGCAGGUAACACCGGUGGUGUGUUUGACAUUGAUAAUGCCACCGGCCUUAUCUUCAUUGCCAAGGAGCUGGACCUGACCUCUGUGGGCUUUUACACACUCACCGUGCGUGUCACGGAUAGCGGAUUUCCUCCAUUAAUGGCCACAGCUUCAGUCCGGAUUUCCUUGAUACUUUCCGACUUUUCCACACCCAAAUUCUCUCUGAAGGAGUAUCAGGCUGAGAUAAUGGAGAACAGCAAAAUUGGAACGCAUGUGAUGACUGUCAGUGCCCUCAGCCGCUCAGCGCUCAUUUACGACAUCACCAGAGGCAACGAGGAGCGAUGUUUCUUCAUUAACCAGCACACUGGUGUGAUAACUACACGGCAAGAGCUUGACUUUGAGCAAACAACAUCCUACUAUCUAGUAGUGCGUGCCCUGAACAUGGCAGGAGUGGAGGCCAGCACCACUGUCAUCGUCCAAGUGGGGGAUAUCAAUGAUAGCCCACCCGUGUUCCAACAAAUCAGGUAUGUGGGUGCAGUGAGUGAGGCUGCUCCAGUGAACAGUGUUGUCCUGGGAGAGGAUGGAAACCCUUUGGUCAUACGGGCAACCGAUAGAGACCGAAAUCACAACGCCCUGCUGGUGUUCCAGAUCGUGGAGGAGACUGCUCGUAUGUUUUUCAGCGUGGACUCUGGGACUGGAUCCAUUCGAACGAUUGCCAGUCUGGACUACGAAACCUUCCCCGAGUUCCUCUUCCGAGUCCACGUUAGAGACAGUGGUCAGCCUCCAAGGAGAGCAGACAACCCAGCAGAGGUGGUCAUAAAGGUAAUCAACAUCAAUGAUUCACCGCCAAAGUUCAUCCUGGACACUUAUGAGGCGGUCCUUCUCCUGCCUACGUACAUUGGAGUCGAGGUCCUGAAGGUUGGGGCCUUUGACCCAGACGUUUCCUCUGAUGCCACCUCAGACCCUGACAAGUCUGUCACACCUCAACUAGCGUACUCUCUGGUGGACAGCAAUGUGGAGUACUUUUCUGUGGAGCGCUACACCGGAGUUGUGACCGUCAUCAAUCAGAACCUCAGUAAAAACCGUUAUCGCUUUAAUGUGAAGGUGUGGGAUGGGCGUUUUUCCAGCAUGGCAUUAGUCACGGUGCUUGUCAGGGAAGCUAUCGACAGUGGGCUUCUCUUCACCUUCCCGGUCUACACCGCCUCCAUCCCAGAGAACAUAAUCAAUGUCACCCUAGUGAGCGUUGUGAACACAGUUGGCCACCGCCUCAACGAGCCACUGAAGUACACUCUGCUGAACCCAGGUGGACGCUUCACCAUUCGGCCGACGUGUGGAGUGGUGCUGUCCACCGGAGUGCCCUUUGAUCGAGAGGAGAAGGAGAGUUAUGAGCUCGUGGUGGAGGUCAGCAGAGAAGACGAGAUACUGAGGGUGGCCAGGGCGAUUGUGCAAGUACAGGUGGAGGACGUGAACGACAAUGCUCCAGUUUUCGUAAACCUACCCUACUAUGCCGUAGUGCAAGUGGAAGCUGAGCCGGGAUCAGCUGUUUUCAGGGUGUCAGCCACUGACCGAGACUCCGGUCUGAAUGGACAGGUGACUUACAGCAUUAAGGAGAAGCACAGGAACUUUCAAGUGAACGCCGUGACAGGAGAGCUGACCUUAAAGCGAGCCUUCGAGGCGGACUUAUCUAACGCAGAGUACAAGGUGAUUCUCGUGGCCACUGACGGCGGCCUCCCGCCUCUGUCCAGCGAGGUUGAGCUGCCUGUUACUGUAGUAAAUAAAGCCAUGCCGGUGUUUGACAAGCCUUUCUACGGUGUCACUGUCAGAGAGGACGUGGCCGUCUCCACCUCCGUCCUGUGCAUCAAUGCCAGCAGUCCUGAAGGCCAAACCAUCAUCUUCACCAUCACGGAUGGGGACCCUUCCCUCCAGUUUGACAUUGGCUUUGACACGGGAAUCAUCAGCGUGAUUUACCCGUUAGACUAUGAGACAAGACAGUACUACCGGCUAACGGUGAAGGCCACAGACACACUGACUGGGGCAAAGUCUGAGGUGGACGUGGACAUCGUCAUGCUGGACGUGAACGACAACCCUCCACUGUUCCAGAACACCUCAUACACGACUGUGCUGACGGAGAACUCCAUGAUCGGAACGACCGUGUUACAGGUGUUUGCUCAGGACCAAGACUCAGAAAAGAACGCCAUCGUGAGAUACCAGAUCCUAUCUGACAUCUACAACAGCACGGACUACUUCCACAUUGACAGCAGCAGCGGGCUGAUAUUCACCGCACGCCUGCUCGACUAUGAGAUCGUCCAGCGCUACAACUUCAUCGUCAGGGCAACAGACAGCGGAGACCCUGCACUCAGCAGUGAUGUUAGUGUCACUGUCAGUGUAACGGACACCAACGACAACCCACCUAAUUUCAGCCAAGCGCUGUACGAGGCUUUUAUCAGCGAGCUGGCUCCCCAAGGACACUUUGUGACUUGUGUUCAGGCAUCAGACGCUGACAUCUGUGAUGCUCAGAAGCUGAAGUACAGUAUUCUUUCAGGGAAUGAGAAAAUGACUUUUAUGAUGGAACCGGAUUCAGGGGUGCUUCGUCUGUCUAACAAGAAGAGACAAAGCAUGAAACUCUCGUACCAACUCAAUGUGUCCGUGUCAGAUGGAGUCUUCACCAACAAUGCUGAGGUGAUUGUACGUGUCCUGGGAGCUAACCUGUACAGCCCAGUAUUCAGCCAGAGGUUCUACCUGGCUGAGGUCCAGGAAAAUGCCCCCCCAGGGUCAAAGGUCAUUCAGGUUCGUGCAACAGAUGAGGACUCUGGGCUGUAUGGCCAGAUCACCUACUCCUUCAUCAACGACCUCGGGAAAACGCAGUUCACAAUUGACGCAGAUGGAAUCAUAUCCACUGUUCAGAAAUUAGACAGAGAAAAUCCUCUCAACAAGGACAUGGUGCUGACUGUCAUGGCCCUGGAUGGUGGAGGUCGUGCAUCAUUCUGCACAGUGCGAGUUGUUCUUGCAGAUGAGAAUGACAACGCCCCCCGGUUCAGAGCGGUGGAGUACCGUAUGAGCAUAAAAGCCAAUGUCGCCAAAGGUUCUCUUGUCACACAGAUCCAGGCCACUGACCCCGAUGCUGGGUCUAAUGGAAGGAUCACCUACUCCCUGUACAGCGAGGCACGCCUGUCGCUGGUCGAUGUUCUGGAGGUGGAGCCGGACAGUGGCUGGAUGAUGACCAAAAGCACAAUCGACCACCUCCAGGGCACCGUGCUGUCGUUCUUUGUCAAAGCAACAGACUCUGGUUCCCCUCCCAAACACUCCCUGGUGUCGGCCUUCAUCCACGUCGUCCCCCCUGACGCAUUUGUUCCCUCAUUCACCCAGCCCCAGUACUCCUUCACCAUCCCAGAGGACACACCGGUGGGAACAGCCCUGGGAUCUGUGUACAUGGGCCCUGGACAGACGGGGAUCUUCACUGCAGUCAUAGGAGAGAUGCUAGACAGCAACCAGGGGGGCACCUUUCUAGUGGAGAGGGACUCAGGUCUCAUCCGUCUGGUCAAGCCGCUAGACUACGAAGAGGUCAGCAUAUUCCGCUUUAAGGUCGCAGCAACAGCAAGGAGGGACCUGAUUGAGUCUGUGUCCACCGUGGACCUGGAGGUUAAGAUCUUAGAUGUGAAUGACAACAAACCAGUGUUUGAGACUAACACCUACGUAGCCACGGUGAUGGAGGGGAUGCCACCAGGAACCAGAGUGGUCCAAGUACGUGCACUUGAUCCAGACUGGGGCUCUAACGGACAGGUGACUUACAGCCUCGGGCUUCUACUCUCGUACAACCUGGACUCGACAAAGGAUGCUUACCCCUUGGCCGGCCCCAUCACAACUGGUUCCGUCUUUGCCAUCGACAGUAAAACAGGCUGGGUUACCACGGUAAGCCAGAUGGACCAUGAGGCCUGCUCCAGCUACAGCUUUGAAGUGGUGGCGUCAGAUCUGGCCGAGUCACGGCCCCUCUCCUCCACCACGGUGGUGACCAUCGCCGUGUCGGACGUCAACGACAACCCGCCGCAGUUUGAGAGGGAGCUCUACCGGGGUGCAGUGAAGGAGAGCGACCCCCUCGGCGAGGUGGUGGCUGUCCUGAAAACCAAAGACAGAGACGGCACAGAUCAGAACCGCCUCGUCAGCUUUUACAUCACUGGAGGAAACCCACGGGGCGUGUUUGGCCUGGCGCUUGUGCAGGGGGAUUGGAAGGUGUACGUGAGCGGGCUGCUGGAUCGAGAGCAGCAGGACUGGUAUCUGCUCAACAUCACGGCCAGCGAUGGCCUGUACGUCGCCCGCACUGCAGUGGAGGUUACCGUUAUGGAUGCCAAUGACAACAGUCCCAUCUGCAAUCAGGCGGUGUACAGCGCCUCCUUUCCUGAGGACAUUCCCACUAACAAGGGCAUUCUGACGGUGGCUGCCACAGAUGCUGACUCAGGCUCCAGUGCUGAGAUCCAAUAUUCAUUGUUUGGCAUCGGGGUUGAAGACUUCUACAUGGACGCAAACACUGGUGAGUUGCGUACAGCCACCGCGGUGGACCGAGAAACGACAUCCACCUACAAGCUCAUCGCCCAGGCGACUGAUGGGGGAGGGCUCUUCUGCCGAUCUGACAUUUCUCUCAAAGUGUUGGACGUGAAUGACAAUGCCCCGUCGUUCUCGUCACCUCGUUACCUGGCUAGUGUGUAUGAGAAUGCCGCGCCCAAGGCUCUGCUUACCCGGCUGCAAGCCAGUGACCCUGAUGAAGGUCUCAACCGCACAGUCGUCUAUUCUCUGGUGGAUUCGGUCAACGGGUUCUUCUCCAUUGACCCUGUUACCGGAAUAGUAAUCCUGGAGAAAUCUCUGGACAGAGAGAGCCGAGACUCCUAUCGUGUCCGUGUCCAGGCCACGGACCGAGUUGGGCAACAGGGGGCACUGUCCUCCCAGGUCGAUUUGACCAUUUUGGUGCUGGAUGUGAAUGACAAUGCUCCAGUCUUCCAGAGGAGGGACUACGCUGUUACUGUCCCAGAGGAUGUGGCCGUGGGAACCGAAGUGCUGCGCGUGUUGGCGACAAGCGCCGACAUCGGGGCUAAUGCUGAGAUCACCUACAGCAUCCGGUCGGGCAACGAGCUGAGAAAGUUCUCCAUAGACAGAAGACUGGGGUCCAUUUCAGUUGCUGAUGAUUUGGACUUUGAGGUGUGUAAGGACUUCUACCUUACUGUUGAGGCGUGGGACAGCGGGAACCCUCCUCUUAGCACUGCUACCAUGGUAACAAUUGAACUCAUGGACGUCAAUGACAACGCUCCAGCCUUUAAUCAGGACAUCUACAACGUACUGGUCAGCGAGGAUGCGUCCAUCGGGAGGACGAUCACAAAAGUGUUGGCUGAAGAUCUGGACAGCCAGGUGAACGGUCGUAUCACCUACUCCAUCCUGAAAGGUGACCGGAACAACCAGUUCUGGAUUGACCCCGUUACAGGCCUGCUCAAGGUUAAUAAGAGGCUUGAUAGAGAACUGGUCUCCAGGUACUCCUUGUCGGUGCAGGCAUUCGACAGUGGCUCCCCUGCCAUGUCCUCCACUGUGACAGUUAACAUCGACAUCUCCGACGUUAACGACAACCCUCCCGUAUUCACCCCUCCCAACUCCACGGCGGUCAUACAGCUUAACCAAGCUGCCGGCACCACCUUGCUGAAGUUAUCAGUUAGCGACAAAGACUCCCCCAGAAAUGGCCCUCCCUUUGAGUUUCGAAUCAUGUCAGGAAAUGAGAGAAAGUUCUUCUCCUUGGACCAGACGGGAACUCUGAGGUCCAGCCGUGUGUUCGGUCCUGAAGCACCCAGAGAAUUCACUCUCGAAAUCCAGGCGAGUGACUCUGGUAAGCCAAGGCUCAAAUCCUCUUCCUGGGUCUUUCUGAGGGUCAUCGGAAACAGUCAGUACAAACCCACCGUCUCCCCACUCGAAAUCUUCAUUGUCAUGGUAACCGAUACCUUCCCGGGCGGCCCAAUCAGUCGGAUCUACGCGACAGACCGCGACCCCAAUGACGUUCUGUCAUUUACCCAGAAGUCUGAGCCCAAGAGCAUGUUUAAGAUCAACAGACAAGACGGGAGCAUCGUGGCUCUCCCGGGCCUAGAACCUGGCAGAUACCAGAUGAAUGCUACAGUGAGCGAUGGACGUUUCGCUGUGAUAGCUGAUGUGUCGGUCCAGGUGGAGCAGGUGACGGAUGUUCUGCUGCGUAGUGCCCUGGCUUUACGUUUCAGCUCCCUGUCCCCGGAAGACUUACUCGGUCGCUACCUGAACCAGAUACAACUAACCCUACGGAGACUGGCUGGCUGGAGGUGGUCACCAGGCCAACAGGAUCCUCUCCACAUACUCAGCGUGCAGCCAGUGAUGGGGACAUCCGAUGUUGACUUGCUUCUGGCCAUGGAGAGGCCAGAGUCACCUGGCAGCGGCCGCAUGGGUGGCUUCUACUCCCAGCAAGAGCUCUCUGCAAAGCUGGAGGAGGCAGGAACGCGGGGUCAGAUUCGAGGUGUCCUAGCUGGGGCAGUGGUGGUGAGCAGUGCUUGUUCUGGUGAGCUGGAGUGUGGGGACCAGGUGUGUGAAAAGCAACUGGUGAGGGAGGGUGACUCGCCUGUCACCUACAGCACAGAGAGGGUCAGCUUGGUCUCACCAAGGUUCAGCCACAGAGAGAUCUGCACUUGCCCUGGAGCGGCAUGCCCAACCCCUGUGGAGCUUUGUGAAGGUCAGUCUUGCCCAGCAGAUAUGCAGUGUGUGCGUUCCGGUCCUACAGCGCCAUCUGUCUGCCAGUGUCAGCCUGAAAGACUAGACCAGUGUGCAGGUCAAACUUCUCUGAGUUUCUCUGGAAACAGUUACAUCAAGUACAGAGUGACAGAGAAUGGCCAGAGUGGAGAGAUGAGGCUCGGCUUGAGGAUCAGAACACUUCAAAGAAGAGGAGUGAUUAUGUUCACACGUGUUAACCCCUGUACCAUGCUCAAGAUUGAAGGGGGUCGGCUCUGGUUCCAGUUGGACUGCGACAACACCCUUGGCAUUAUGGGUAUCUCUGGCAGACCAAUAAACGAUGGGCUCUGGCAUGCAGUUGCCUUGGAGCUCACUAGGAACUACACACUCCUGUCAUUGGACGACAGCUACGUGGAGCGGCGCCGAGCAGCCCGAGCCCCCAUCCGUCUUUGGCCUCUGGCCCCAGAUUCAUCAUUUUUCUUUGGAGCGCAAGUGAGGCCGCUGAGCGGUCAAGGCGAGAGGCCAAGUCCAGGGCCAGGGCUUGGGGACCGUGGCACAAGGGGCCCUCCGAGAGCCCAGGACGGGUUCCAGGGCUGCCUGGGCUCGCUGAUGCUGAACGGCAAUGAGCUGCCACUCCAGAAUAAGAGGAGCCGUUACGCUGAGAUAGCAGGGCUCAGUGAGGUCAAGCUGGGCUGCGUGCUUUAUCCAGACUCAUGCGUCAGUCAGCCCUGCCUCAACGGAGCCAUCUGCAGCAGCAUGCCCUCUGGAGGAUUCUUAUGCAGUUGCGCUGCUGGAUUCACUGGAGGGCGCUGUGAAACAGAAAUGACAUCCUGCAUGCCAAACCCAUGCCAGAACGGAGGGGACUGUAAGCCCUUAGGCAGUGCAUUCCUCUGUGGCUGUCCUAGAGGACUCGGGGGACUUAUAUGUGAUGAGGAUGUCAAUGAGUGCGACCAGGAAGAGUGCGGAGAUGGAGGCGAGUGUGUCAACACGUAUGGUUCCUUCUAUUGCAACUGUUCAGAAGGAUACGACGGUCAGUUUUGUGGCGAUCAGAUGCCCGAUGAUCCGGGAGAUGACACGCAGGCUGAGCCUCUGUCUUACGUCGGACCGGGAGAGAUAAUUGGCAUCGGGGUCCUUGCCUUUGUCAUCAUUUUCCUCCUCAUACUCUUCGUCGCCUUUAGGAAAAAAAUCAAAUUCAGGAAAGAGUCUGACCCGGCCUCGGGGACCCAGACGGCGAUGGGCAUCUCGGCUAUUUCCACAGAGACCAGCUACAUGCUGCACAAGACUGGCAUGGGUGCCGAGGGGAUUGAGUUCAAGGCAGUGCGCGUGUCGGGUUCACCGGGGGCCACGAGCACCUAUGGGGAGGUGGGGGGCAGCACCGCGGGGCCUCCUCAGGUCAUGGUGCGUCCGACUGCCCACUCCCCUCUACCUGGAGGACUAGGCAACCAGGGAAUGAGGAGCGGAGAUGGUGACAAGACUGUCUCCAGUGAGGCGAGCCAGCUGAGCAGCUUCCUCUCAGACAAGCCCAAUGUCCGAGGCGUGGCCAACAGGAGGGGCAUUGCCGUGUGCAGCGUGGCGCCCAAUCUCCCCUCGGCGUCCGCGCGCCGCCCGGAGCACAGCCCGGCCCACAAGGUGUCCUGGGAAGGCGAAGAGAUGAGGGAGAAGGCACUGGAGAGGGUUCGGGAUGAGAGAGAGGACGAGUGGGGCCAGAGGGCUUUUGAGCUGGAGAGAACGCAGAGAGAUAACAGUCCACAGGAUGAGCCGGAGCCAGUGGACGAGGUGCCCUGCCUCUCAGACUCCAACUCUGAGGAGCACUCCCUGAGUUCCUACACAUCUGAGUCCUUCGAUGACAACGCCUCCAUAGUGACAGUCAUACGUCUAGUCAAUGACGCUGUUGAUAAUAUUGAAAGUGAAGUGUCAAACAUGGACAAAGAACAGCGGCGGAACAGCUCCGCAAUUCGACACCUGCACAGCAAAGAUGAGAUUUGUGUAGAGUUCAUCAAAGAGUACAUUGUGGAUUCAUACCAGUGGGAGUCUUCCUGUCAGACUUCGAGCUGGUUGUCGCCGUCACGCCUGCGUCCUCCGGAGAUCGGAUCCCAUUUGGACCUCAGUGACACCCAGCAGAACAUCAGGCGUGGAGGCAGCACGCGCUCUCUCCAGCUGGACUUCAGAGUGACGGGUUACAGUGCUGACAGGGGCCGCGAGCGGGAACAACAAGAGCCCGGGAGGAGGGCCUUCCAGUGGGAGAGGAAUCAGUCCGGGGACUGGGUGAGAAAGCGUAACCUUGCCAGGGACGAGAAGAGGAGGCACGACGGGGAAGGAAAGGACGCGGGCGUCGGGAGCAGGGACGAAGGGUCGCACCGCGACCACAGGGACCGCCAGCAGCUGCAGGGCCACGACAGAUGCGAGGGCAGCUCCUCGCCCGUUUACGAGGAAUACAGAGAGUCCUGCCACGAUCUGGACCAGAACGACGACGACGCAGAGAGCCAUUAUGACACUUUACCCCCGACGCGGCGAGCAUACGAGGGAUACCCGUCGAGCCCCCCGGGCCUCAACCUGCACCCGGCUCAGCUCCUGCCCCCCCUCAGAGCCUGGGACUUACAGACAGGAGAAUGGAGGGGAUCGGAGGAGGAUCGCGGGGGACUCGGCUCCGGCAGCCUGGCAGGCAACGGGGACGAGCUCGAAAGACUGCUGAACCUGGUGUCGCUCAGAGCCAGGAGAGCCACGCGGAUAAGCAGAGCCUCGACUGGAUCCGAACCCGCAGCAGGCUGGGACGGGUUUAAAUGAGCACACGAGACUGUUCAGAACAAACAAAUUUGCUGUUCCUUUAUAAACUGUCGGGAGGCGUUGAUCCUCUCUGAUUACACUUUAUAUACACAUUAUAACAAUAACACCACUGGUCUACAGCGUAAAAAAAAAAAUAAUAAUUGAACUGGAAUAUUACCAUGCAUACUUUUAUUAUCCUGCAUUAUUACCCCUGUGUAAACAAGCACUAAUCCACCACCAAUCCCCCCGGCUCAUUCAUAAGCAGGAGGAAUAAGAGGAAAUAUAUUUAUUCUCUAGACGCCUUCACCUGCACCGCAUGACAGUUACCGACGAUUGGCUGCGAAUCAACACUUUGGCAUUUAUUAUUUGGAGUCACUGAGGCACGGUAUUUGGAGCCUGCCUGGAAUCUGCUCUUCAGAUGACAGCAAUGUAUGUACAUAUGUUAUCAUGUAUUUCACACGUCAUUUAGUCAACUCAGACGUGUAUUCAUUACUUUUGCUGGCACCCGAGAGAUGCUGUUAAGAUUACCUGGACUUUUUUUUUUUUUUUUUUUUACCUGGGAAUGUUUUACUUAAUUAUUUAAUAGUUAUUUAUUUAAAUAGUUAUUCACUUGUGUGGUUCCUCAUGAGCCCCUAUAAACACACGAGCCAUGGGACUACAGCACUUUUAGGCAACACCGCACAUUUUUGACCCCUCAUUUCUACAGACAGUAUCCGCUCCGCAGUUGUGAAACCUGGUGUGUGGUAGCAGCGCAAUACGCAUUCAUAACAUGACUCACUCGUGCAUUUUGUAUAUAUCGCCGAAGCCGAACUUCCAGCGGCGCCUCUGAUAGAAUUAAGCUCACUUUACACCUGGUGUUAACAUGUCAAAUGAAUUUUUCUGACAUUAUGUGUUGAAAGGCUUAGAGAGCUGCGUGGAAAUGCAACCGUGAAGUACAGAGUCACUCACCCGGGACGUGUGCACAUGGUUGGCUCGCUGAUAAACGCCGCGGCGCUCUCGGUUCAUGCACAAUAGGGGGAGGAGGAGGCGGGGAGGGGGGGGGGGGGGCAAAUGGAAAUAACCUCCAUGUUAAACAACUUUGGAACAAACAGGGCAGAACAAACAGGUGGAAGAUAACCGGGAGUGUUUCAGGAUUAACGUAUUCGUAAUGGCCGUCCAGGACAAAUUGUGGACUCUGGGAUAAGCGGGGCCAGAUGUUUGCUGUCAGAGCUGCAGUUAGGAAUGAAAACACCUGCGCUGACCUGCCUUCAACCCGCGCUUGUCGUACGCUGGAUCAUCUGGUAAAAGUUCCCACAAAAGAAAACUCUCAUUUACAUCUUAAACAUCUUACUAAACAGAAAACAAUACACACAACCCCGGGUCCCCGGGCUCCCGAAGGAUCCACUACCAAGCGCAAAUGCAAAUUAUCUUCGAUCAGACAGUGUGUAAUGGAAAUUCAAGGACACGUUGUUGCACUAAAUGAACUUAUUUAUUGCCACGCGCUAAAAGCCACAAUCCAGCUGACAGUCCUUAACAUGGUCAGAUGAGAUUUACCGUCUCUUAAUGCAUCCACGUCUCGCUAUAUGGCAGCCGCGCGCCCAUUCGUCCUCCUCACCCCUCCGGGCCUGCUGUGUAAGUGGGUUGCUGAAGCGCGCCCCAGCUUGCACCGGGCAGCUGGCACAGGAACGUCUCGGACAGGUCGGGGCUAACACACUGACAAACACAUCCACACCUGUGGGCACUUUAGAGUUUCCAGUUCACCUGGCCUGCAUGGCCUCCGACCGCGUCAACUGGAGGAAACCCACGGGAAUAUUGUGAGACCACGCGAAGUCAGCGGAGAGCGGGUAGCAGCUUCCAGAGGCUGACAUUUUAAAACCCAGAGCCUCAGCGCUAACAAGUGAGACACCUUUGCUGUCAUGUUUUUACACUUUAUUGCCACCCAUUACAGCUGAAUCAUCCUGCAAACUACCUUUCAAACCUAAGUUAUUUCAGGUCGCUGACACGCUGAUGCACAAUGUUUAUGUACUUGCAGCUGAGCGGCUGAACAUUACACGGACCGGAGGAAUAUAUAUAUAUAUAUAUUCCAAUCGCACUUUAUUGGAAAGAAAUUUACAUUUGUCCUAAGGGUGAAUAUGUACCUGGUGUGUUAGCUGUAUCUCAAUCCAGACGACGUGAGAUAAAUAAUCCCCAUAAAAUAUUUAAUCCCAUCAAGUCUGUCUUGUCACGCCUCUUAUGUGUUCUUCUUUCCCUCCCCACUGGAAUCUGGCAGAUUCGUUUAGCGGAGCUUAAAGUCAUCAAUGUCCUGGGAAGGCGUGGGGGCGUAAGAAUGUUUCUGGAAGUGAAUGAAUUGUAUGAUCGGUGAAACAAUGCCAUUUAUUUUGAAAACUGUUCGGGGUUGUUUCAAAAGGCUCCCGCGAUCGUGACUUAGACUGCUCCGGCUGUAGACGCCGUCGACAGCCGAAAGCAGAUUUCAGCGUAAUCUUCCCAUUAUGUCUAGUUGUUUACCUCAGGAACAGAUUUCUUUGCUGACUUGAAUAAAUGUAUCCGGCUUGUUGCGUGUUAGUCUUUGUUCCUUUAGGUUUAUUUCCAUUCUGACCCAGUGCUGUAAUUAAAAUAUGCAGACUGUGCAUCUCUA